CCCCUUUUCAAUUUCAACGUUCGAUCAGCAAGUUCUAAGGGCGGUGGUUCUCGUUACCAGUUCUUCGUUAAAUUUCUCAUUUGGUAUCGUUUAUAAUUCGGACUGCACUUUUAAAUUCACGAUAUGCGGAUCUCUUUAAGCAGACUGGGAAGCUCGCUUCCGUUCUCCAGAUUCUUUAGGCAGGUUGAGCAUGAGAUGGAGACUGUGGUCAAAGUACUCCAACCUGGACCUUUAGGAAUUAUAGAGCACAAGUUUUCUGCUGAGGAGAUUGCAAAAGCCAAUUCUACUGUUAAGAAAGCAGUAGAGAAUUGGAAGAGGAAUGCAAUCAUAGAAAGAAAUAGGCCUCUUUUGAAAGAUUAUAUCAAUUAAAGACAUAUCAUUUGUUCAUAUUUUCUGAUGCAAAGAAUAAUUGUGGACAAUAGUAAGCUCUCAUCAUCCUUUAUUCUGCCUGUAGAUGAUUCUUGCUACCAAUGCUC